GGUUGUCAGUGGGAGUGACUGCUGUCCUACUCACAUCUCUACAGCAUCCAGUGAGUGAGAGGUACAAGUUACUCUGUCAGAUUGUCUUUUUUCACAGUUGCAGCUCCAGGAGGAAGAGUUGCACUGCUGUAGGCUGUAAUCUGCGGUCCUGUGCUGGAGGGAGGAUGGAUAGCGCGGGGAGGAAAGUGGUCGUCUGUGAUAAUGGCACUGGGUUUGUCAAGUGUGGUUUUGCUGGGUCGAAUUUCCCAGAGCACAUCUUCCCAGCACUUGUAGGACGUCCUGUCAUACGCUCAGACACUAAAGUGGGGAAUAUUGUGAUCAAGGACCUUAUGGUGGGAGAUGAGGCGAGUGAAUGCCGCUCCAUGCUGGAGAUCUCCUAUCCCAUGGAGAAUGGGAUGGUACGUAACUGGGAUGAAAUGCUCCACCUGUGGGAUCACACUUUUGGACCAGAACGUCUGAACAUUGAUCCAUCUAACUGUAAAGUGCUAUUGACUGAACCACCACUGAACCCUCUGAAGAACCGGCAGAAGAUUGCAGAGGUCAUGUUUGAGACAUACAAGUUCCACAGCAUCUACAUUGCCAUCCAGGCUGUGCUGACACUCUAUGCACAGGGUCUCCUGACAGGUGUGGUGGUGGACUCAGGUGAUGGUGUGACUCAUAUCUGUCCUGUGUACGAGGGUUUCUCCCUUCCUCACCUCACUCGCAGACUCGACAUUGCAGGACGUGACAUCACACGCUACCUCAUCAAGUUGUUGCUUCUGAGGGGCUACGCCUUUAACCAAACGGCAGACUUUGAGACGGUUCGGAUGAUGAAGGAGAAACUGUGCUUUGUGGGUUACAACAUAGAACAGGAGCAGAAGCUAUCCAAUGAGACGACGUUUAUGGUGGAGUCGUAUAUGUUGCCAGAUGGGCGCAACAUAAAGGUUGGUGGAGAAAGAUUUGGGGCUCCAGAGGCACUUUUCCAACCACACCUCAUCAACAUAGAGGGAGUCGGGGUGGCCGAGCUUCUCUUCAACACUAUCCAGGCUGCUGACAUCGACCUCAGGGCAGAUUUGUACAAACAUAUCGUGCUGUCUGGAGGGACUACCAUGUAUCCUGGGCUACCCUCUCGCCUGGAAAGAGAGAUUAAGCAGCUGUACCUAGAAAGAGUGCUGAAAGGAGACACAGAAAAGCUUGCAAAGUUUAAGAUCCGUAUCGAGGACCCCCCUCGCCGCAAGCACAUGGUGUUUAUGGGUGGAGCUGUGCUGGCCAACAUCAUGAAAGAUAAAGAGUCGUUCUGGUUGUCCAGAGCUGAGUAUGAGGAGAAAGGCCUGAAAGUGCUCGACAAGCUUGGUGGAGGAACCAAAUGAACCAGCACUUGCAUAGAAAUAUAAAUCCAUUCAUGCACAAGCACUGUACUGACACAAAUGCACCAAUUCAUUCACAUAGAUAAUAGAAAGCUGAGGAAAUACGAAUAUCGUGAAAUGUGCAAUUCUUCCUGAUUAUGAAAUCACCAAACUCCAAACAACCAUGAUUCCACACUUCCACACCUCACUAUUAUUGUAAUAUUAGCCUAAAAUAUUGCUUUAGAGCACAAGUUGUUAAAAAAGUUUUGUAUUUGUAAUAGAGUCGAAAGAUGAGUCCAGUAUAAUUUUGUUCUAACUGAUGGCUGAGUUGCUAGUUUUCUGCUUACUGUAAUCAUUUUCUGUUCUUUUACUACUUUACUGUAAUUGUUUUAAAGUUAUAAACUAUAAUCAUGCUUAUAA